AGAGGUGUGGUGAAGGGGAAAAGAAGGUGUGGCUCAAGGCUAACAUGGAGUCUUUUGAUGUAGGACCAUGGAAAAUCAGUGUGAUCAAGAGCCAUAUCUUAAAAUCAAAAUGUGAAGGAGGCAGUCCCAAUAGCGAUGAGUCUUGUGGUAAAUGCAACGUUUGCAGGUAUUCUAGUGAGCUUGAGCUACCAUGGCUACCAGAGAUGGUUUUUCCUAACAACAGAUUAAUCAUGGAGCAUGUCGGGGGCCCUGGUUUUGAGUUUAAUCCUCUGGAUGCACUCAAAAUGGUGGACGCUCAUCAUGAAAGCGUUCAGGUGGCAGCCGCUAAGGAAUGGAGAGCAACAAGGUCAGAAGGUCUCGAGAAAGUUAAGGACAAAGUGAAAUCGUUUGAUUGGACCUUUACUACAGAAUACAAUGGAUCGUAUAACGAUAAAAUACAAGUAAAAUGUCUCUGUUUGUUUAUCUCAUGGGUUCAUGUGGUGCAGGUGUCAGAGACAGAUGUUGGGAUUGAUUAUGAGAGAUUAAAAGUUCAAGAGAGGAUUCAUUUUUUUGAUGAUAUUGUUUUAUUUGAAGACGAACUGGCAGACAACGGAACUGCUGAACUGAGAGUCAAAAUACGGGUGAUGGCCAGUGGUUUCUUUAUUCUGUUGAGGUUUUUUCUAAGAGUUGAUGAUGUCAUUGUCCGUUUAAAUGAUACCAGGAUAUAUCAUGCAGCUGGAACUGAUCACAUGAUACGAGAAUUUAGUAAAAGAGAAGUUAAACUACCCAAUCCACAGUUAUCACUAUCAGUGUUGAAGGAUAUUAAUAAGUUAUCGGAAGUAUUGCCACAUACCAAUGUUACUAAGCAUAAACUUGUACUUCUUGGAGUUGAAUGAAAAUUAUAAUGAUAUGUUAACAAUUUUUAACAAUUAUUAAAUGUAUUACAAUUAGUCAGUUUUAUUACGUGUUAGUAACUUC